AUGUCGUUUGGACUCACUAACUCCCCAAGAACCUUCAUGGAUUUGAUGAAUCGAGUAUUCAAGGACUUUUUGGACAUGUUUGUCGAGGUGUUCAUCGACGACAUUCUCGUAUACUCAAAAUUCAAAGCAGAAUGUGAAGAACGUCUAAGAUUGACACUAAGGAGAUUACAAGAGCACCAAUUAUUUGCUAAGUUUGAGAAAUGUGAAUUCUACUUGGAGAAAGUAGCCUUUUUGGGCCAUAUAGUGUCAAAAUAUGGAAUUUCGAUGGAUCCAACCAAGAUUGAGGCAGUGAGAGAUUGGCCUCAACCGAAGAACGCGUCUAAAGUUAUAAGAAAGGCAAAAGUAGUGGCAGAUGCUGUAAGUAGGCACAUUUAUGGGAGCGUCUUGACACUUAAAGGAAUAGAGAUACCAUUACAAAAAGAGAUUGUUAGGGCAGGAAUCGAGCUAGUGAUUGGGAGUAUGUCAAGCCUCACCCUACAAUCGACCUUAUUAAAGAAGAUCAAGGAGAAACAGAAAGAUGAUGAGGCACUAGUAAAGCAAGAAGCGCUGAUUCAAAAUGAUGGCAACAGUAGUUUCACUAUGUCUAGUGGGGGAUUGAUGCGUUACAAGGACAUGAUAUGUGUGCCCGGUGACAAGGAGAUUACGGGAAAUAUCAUGAAGGAGGCACACACUACACCAUAUUCCAUACAUCCUGGGUCUACCAAGAUGUAUAGCGACCUGAAGACAUUAUAUUGGUCAUCGGGAAUGAAGAAUGACAUAUCUGAAUAUGUUGCCAAAUGCCUCACUUGUCAACAAGUUAAGGCCUGGCAUUAG